AUGAAGCUUCUACUGCUGCUGCUUGCCUUCUUCUGCAGUCUUUCUCUAUCAAGAUGUGCCGUCCCUUAUGAUUACUCGGCAACAAUAGAGUGUCUAGAGAACCCUAAUAAACCACAGUACAAUGGCGGGAUCAUUGUGAAUUCUGACCUGCAAAAUGGUUCACAAGGCUGGUCACAAUUCGGAAACGCCAAAGCUGAUUUCAGAGAAUUUGGAGGCAACAAGUUUGUUGUUGCCACACAGAGGAAUCAAUCUACUGACAGCGUCUCACAGAAGGUUUACUUGGAAAAAGGAAUUCUCUACACUUUCUCGGCUUGGUUACAAGUCAACAUAGGAAAAGCUCCAGUGAGAGCAGUUUUCAAGAAGAAUGGUGAAUAUAAGCAUGCCGGUUCGGUUGUUGCUGAAUCCAAAUGCUGGUCCAUGCUCAAAGGUGGUCUCACCGUUGAUGAAUCUGGUCCUGCGGAACUUUAUUUCCAGAGCGAGAACACAACGGUUGAGAUUUGGGUUGAUAGCGUCUCUCUGCAGCCUUUCACGCACGAAGAGUGGAACUCUCACCAGGAGCAGAGCAUUGACAAGGAAAGAAAAGGUAACGUAAGGAUCAGAGUCGUGAAUGACAAAGGCGAGACGGUACCAAACGCAACCAUAACAAUCCAACAGAAUCGACUCAGAUUCCCCUUCGGGUGCGCGGUAGAAAGCAACAUACUUGGGAAUCAAGCAUACCAAAACUGGUUCACUCAAAGGUUUACGGUGACAACUUUCGGGAACGAGAUGAAAUGGUACAGCACAGAAAGAGUAAGAGGCAGAGAGGAUUAUUCAACCGCAGACGCGAUGUUGAGAUUCUUCAAGCAGCACGGGAUAGCUGUACGUGGCCACAAUAUUUUAUGGGACGACCCUAAGUUUCAACCUGAAUGGGUGAAAUCUAUGUGGGGUAACGAUCUCUACAAUGCAGUGAAACGAAGGGUUUACUCGGUGGUCUCGCGAUACAAAGGCCAGCUUGCGGGUUGGGAUGUUGUGAAUGAGAAUCUCCAUUUCUCCUUCUUUGAGAGCAAGAUGGGUCCUCAAUCUUCUUAUAACGUAUACGCGAUGGCUCAUGCCUUGGAUCCACGGACAACAAUGUUCAUGAAUGAAUACAAUACGUUAGAGCAUCCUCAGGAUCCAAGUUCUAGCCCAGCAAGGUAUCUUCAAAAGCUUAGGGAGCUUCAGUCUAUCCGGGUUGGUGGAAAUAUUCCGUUAGGGAUCGGUCUUGAGUCUCAUUUCAGCACUCCUAACCUUCCGUAUAUGAGAUCAGCUCUUGAUACUCUUGGUGCCACUGGUUUGCCUAUUUGGCUUACUGAGGUCGACGUUGAUGCCCCUCCCAAUGUCCGGCCCUGGUACUUCGAGCAAGUUCUAAGGGAAGGCCAUUCGCAUCCAAAGGUGCAAGGAAUAGUGAUGUGGACAGGCUACUCUCCAGCAGGUUGCUACAGAAUGUGCCUCACCGAUGGGAACUUCAAGAACCUACCCACUGGAGACGUCGUGGACAAACUGCUACGUGAAUGGGGAGGGUUUCGCAGCCAAACCACAGGUGUCGCUGAUGCUGAUGGAUUCUUUGAAGCUUCACUAUUUCAUGGUGACUAUGAUCUCAGUAUAUCUCAUCCUUUCACCGAUUCAAAAGUUUCUUACAACUUUACGUUGUCUCCUGAUGACUCCUCUUCACUGUCGACCCAACACUCUACUUUCGUCUUACCCGUUUGA